AUGGUGCAUGCAGCUCCACCCAGGCUGGGCCCUGGGGCCACCCUGCUGGGGUCCUGCCUCAGUUUCCUCAUCUGUAAAGUGGGGCUGAGGACCUCCACCCACAGCAGGUGCUCAGAGGACUCAAAACAGGUGCACCUGCAGACGCAGCAGGAAGUGAAGCUACGCAUGACAGGCAUGGCACUGCAGGUGGUGCGCUCGGACGGCAUCCUGGCGCUCUACAACGGCCUGAGUGCCUCCCUGUGCAGACAGAUGACCUACUCCCUGACGCGGUUUGCCAUCUACGAGACUGUGCGGGACCACGUGGCCAAGGGCAGCGAGGGGCCCCUGCCCUUCUACAAGAAGGUGUUGCUGGGGUCCAUCAGUGGUUUCAUCGGAGGCUUCGUGGGGACCCCUGCAGAUAUGGUCAACGUCAGGAUGCAAAAUGACAUGAAGCUGCCCCAGAGUCAGCGCCGAAACUACGCCCAUGCCCUGGACGGCCUGUACCGUGUGGCCCGAGAAGAGGGUCUGAGGAAGCUGUUCUCGGGGGCAACCAUGGCGUCCAGCCGAGGGAUGUUGGUCACGGUGGGCCAGCUGUCCUGCUACGACCAGGCCAAGCAGCUGGUCCUUGGCACGGGGUACCUGUCUGACGGCAUCUUCACUCACUUCAUUGCCAGCUUCAUUGCAGGUGGAUGUGCCACGGUCCUGUGCCAGCCCCUGGACGUGCUGAAGACCCGCCUCAUGAACUCCAAGGGCGAGUAUCAGGGUGUUCUCCACUGCACCAUGGAGACCGCGAAGCUCGGGCCGCUGGCCUUUUACAAGGGCCUCGUGCCUGCCGGCAUCCGCCUCAUGCCACACACGGUGCUCACGUUCGUGUUCCUGGAACAGCUUCGAAAAUACUUCGGCAUCAAAGUGCCUUCCUGAUGGGGACCAGGGAGCAGCUGGGCCAUGCCCGGCCCCAGCGCCAGGUUCUCCCAGAGUCCACGCGGGCCCAGCGCUGCCCUGAGCCCAGCACCUGCCCGCAGAGCCCCGGCCUCCCUUCCUCCCUGACCCCAGGCCACCAUGUGUGCUCCCUGGCCCGCCAGCCAGAGCUCCUUCCAGUGACGGUGUCACCUCCACCCUUCCUGCCCCCCACUCCUUGCCCUGCACACUCACUAGGACCACUCACCAGGAGGGGCGGCAUUCGGGCCCUGGGAUUCCUCUCCUCCCCCAGUAGACAGUUAACACUGGAGAUGGGAGGGACAGGCUGCCCAGGUUUUUGGGGGUCCCUGCUCCUCUGGCCCCAAGGUUUCUUUCAUGGAGCAGCUGCCCGAGGCCCUCAGCACCGUCUUCCAGCAGCUUCUAUCAAGGGCCAGUGUGUGCACAUGCACUUUUUUCUUAGGAGGGGCCAUAGCGUUUAUGAUGCUGUGAAAAGUAGCUGUCCCCCCACAGCUGCUAGGCCAGUGAACAAAUGAGGCAGGUACCAGACGGGUGCCAG